AUGACUACAAAGAACAUGACGACUGAAAAAGAUCUUUUAAACGCUAUAAAGGAUUUGCUGAAGAGAAGUGGUCAUUUGAAUAAAUUUCAAGCCGAGGUACAAGCGAACAUCACGCAGUUACUAAAAAGCCGUAACACAAUGACGGCUGGAACCAAGAAGACUGCUCCGCCGCCGCCACCAGAGGAGGUGUUACUAAUCAAUGAACUGGUUAGGGAGUACUUAGAAUGGCACGGAUACCUGUACACUUCAUCAGUGAUGAUGUCAGAAGCAGCCAUGCCUGACGAGAAGAAAGCCAGAGGUGACCUCUGUGCAGCCAUUGGAGUCAAGGACGACGAAAAAUCAUCAGCCCUUCCACUCCUCUCCAACAUUGUCGCAGCUUAUCAGAAUCAUGAACUGAAUCAU